AAUAAAUGUCUGAAUUUAGCAAUUGGAUUAAAGAUAAUCAGAAACAGAUAUAAAUAGAUUUGGGAGCAGGAACAGUUAGUGGAAUGUAUAUGAAUAUUUGAAGUAAGCUUUAAUUGUUUAUUUGGACAUCCAAUGGAUACUUUGAAAGUGAGGAUGUAAAUGUCAAAAGAAAACUUUUGGAGAUCAAUAAUAAAAAUAAUUAAGAAUGAAGGAAUAUUAGCAUUUUAUAAAGGAAUGACUUUUCCUUUAUUAUCUGUUCCAUUUUUGAAUGCUAUAGUAUUUGCAGUUUAUGAAUAUUCACGAAGAUAGUUUACAGGUUAUAAUGAAAAUGGAAAAUCAAUGAGUUAUUUUUAGACGUAUAAGAAAUAAAUAUUAAUAGUGCAAUAUGUGGAGGUAUUUCUGGGAGUUGUGCAGCAAUGUUAGCAUGUUCAAUUGAUUUAACAAAAUGUAGAUUACAAAUGUAGUUAGAUAAUGCUUAGAAAUUAUAUAAGAAUCCUUUUGAUUGUUUAUGGAAGGUAGUAAAUAAUAAGUGUAUAGAUUGGAAAAUAAGAAGGAUUUAGAUAUAUAUUUAGAGGGAUGAAUGCUACAUAAUAAAGAGAAAUUUUAGGAUAUAGUGCAUAAUUUGCAACAUAUGAAUUUGUUAAAGAUUAAUUGAUGUGGUUAUAAGAUAAAGGAGAACCAUCUUCACAUGAUUUAUUAAUAUCAGGAGGAUUAGCAGGAAUGGCAUGUUGGAUUGUAGGAUAUCCUUAAGAUGUAAUUUAAUUAAAUAAAUAUAAAUAUAGACUAUUAAAACUAUUUUGUAAUGUGAAAUGGGAACGAAAACAAGAAGAUUUAAGCCUAGAUUCCUUGAUGGAGGUUUUUUUGAGUGUCUAAAGUAUAGGAUAUAAAAUGAUGGAGUUCCAUCUUUAUGGAGAGGAUUCUCUGCAUGUAUGUUAAGAGCUUUUUAUGCUAAUGCUAUAGGAUUUUAUGCUUAUGAAAUCUCAAAAAAUUAGAUUUAAAAAUUUUAUGAAUGA